AGAUAACAUUAAUAUUAAUUUGAUAACGUGAAAAUUUAAAAUCUUUAACCAAGUUAAUUUGGAGAAGUUUAAAUUAGAUGUCAGCAUCAGCUCGAAAAUCAAAAUAUUAUGAGUAAUACAAUGAACAAAUAUUUACAAGACGUUGGUCGAGAGAAUUUCACAGUUAAGUCUCAGUCUGUGUUCAGAAUGUUAGCGAGUAAAGAUCUUGUCGUGUGUUUCCUCAUUUUAUGGAUUUUCAUAAAUAACGCAAUAUGUCAGGAUCUAAAAGAAUUGUCCAAGACACUGGACGAAAUGCUCGUCAACACUAGAGCAUUUCGAAGACCUCGAGAUCAUGAAGAUAUAUCGGUAACUUGGCAAGAGUAUGAAUUCGGAACUGGAGCUGGAAAUCGAGAAGAAAUUAUUGUAACAAAUAUCUCAUUGCAUACACUGGUUGAUACAACUAAAGAGAUUAACAUAUCGAUAAACAAUUGGCAAUUUCUACAAACGGAAACAAGUUACUUUAUUUGUGCCAAAAAUUCAACAUUACUUUUCUACAAGAUUAAUUUGGAUGAUUUGUCAAUUAAACAUAUUAUAAGUUUAUCGACUGAAGAACAUAUAUUACAAUUUAAAGUUCUCCAUUUCGAUAUCGGGAAAAGAUUUAACGAAAAUCACGUAAAUAAUUUAAUGGCAAUUCUACUCGUUAAAUCCCAAAAUGAUUAUUUUCUGUAUUGGUAUAAAAUUUUCGAAAAUACAUACAUGUUAUAUUCAAUAUGGCCCGUACGAAAGCAAAUUCAUGCUAUGGAAUUUGUACGAGAAGAAAAUCAACACAAAUUAUUGCUGCUCCACAAUGACGAAUCAUACCUCGAAGGACAAUCACUGAUUGAUGUUUACGGUUUCGACAUUGAUUAUAAUAAUCAUCGUAUCGAUAUAUGGUUUUGUCGGCGAUUCUUUGUUCCGAAAAUAUUCCAUGUUCAAACUUGUCCAAUUUACGGACGUACCAUACUAGCUUUCCAAGGAAUAGAUAGCAUUAUUUUAUACGAAUCGAAAAAUGAGGAUAAAUUGUGCCAAUUUGAGAAAUUGAAAGUUAUCGAAUCCAGCAAACUCAGAAAUUUUGUUUGCUUCGAAAGUGGAUAUGUUGAAUAUUUGGCAAUUAAUGGAGAGAAACCACAUUUGUUUCACUUUUUUGAGAACGAAUUUCAAGAUAAUAUUGAAACAAAUCUCCAUUUCAAUGAAACAACUGAAAUUUUAUGGAUGGUCACUAUACCGUUAAACACAUAUCGAGAAGAAUCUCUGUUAUUAGUUCAACUGAAAAACUUGACAGUCAUCGCUCUAGCUUGGCAAGGAUCAAAGUUUAAAACCGUGCCUUUACCUAAUCAACUUAUAAGUAACUUUGAUUUGUCCAAAAUUGUCGUUAUUCCAAAAGUCGGAUUCAUGCAAGCAAAUAUGCUUGUACGUAUUGAAGUAAUCUUAAACGAAUCGGAGCAUCCUGCUCAUGAAGAGACUGAAAGCAUGUUGAAGACACGAGCUUUAUUGGAGGAAGUUUUUCGAAAACAGGAAACCAUUUUUUAUGAGACCGAAGCUCGGAUUAAUCAAAGUUAUUUCAAGAAUCCCAUGGUAACAGGAUUUUGGAAUCUUUCGGAAGUAAAUGUGUCAGAUGCUACGAUCAAAAGCCGUGUAAAUUAUGGCGCUGUCAAAGUCGGAUCGAUCAAUUUGAAAAUGGAUGAUAUAUCGAUAAACAUAACGUCGAAUUUGAAAAAAUUAGAAAAACUAAAAGUGCAGCUCGAUCAAAUCUUACCAGAUUUGAAAAACGUAACUAAUUCGACAAAAAUCACUUUACCCUCGAAUAUUGAAUUAAUCGGAGAUUUUUUGAUUAAUGGUACCCUGUACGCGAAAAAUAUACUCGUCACUUUUAUUAAUAACGCACCAACUUCGAUCAUAAAGAACGGUAUUGUAAAUCGCGCUAUUAUCAACGGACAGAAAUCUUUUCCUUUGCUCGACGCGAAUAAUUUAACGAUUCUGUCUUUAAAUUUCAUACCGUUAAAAGAAAUCAUGUUCGAUUUGUCAAUAAAAAAUUAUAGCAACGUAAAUUUUUCAAAAUUGAAGCGAUUAAAAGUUAACGGACACCUAAAUUUUAACCAAGUGAAUAAUAUUAUAUGGAAAGAGCUCGUACAAAAUAUAAUUUGGAAAAAUAAAUCGACCAUUAUUUCUGGAGAGACUAUCGUGGAAGAGCUUAUCGCCGAAGAAGCAAAUAUAAAAAAUCUAAAUAAUUUGAAAUAUCCAGAAAGUUACGUUUUAACAAGCAUCUUUGAUAAAAUUCCUAUUAAUGUCACAAGUAAAAAACACUUUGCCAACUUAUCUACGACACAUUUAUUGGGCAUCAAGACAAUAAAUAAAAUAGAUAUUAAUGAUUUCAUUAUUCUCAAUAGACAGGAAGCUAUUAAUCGAGAAAUUAUUUUCGAAAAUCUGGAAAUUGGAACCUUGGAGAUCGAUGGAAAUGUAACGGGCAUUAAUAUAAACAACAGGAAGGAGAAUUUGCUUAACGAAACCGAUAAUCUUUUGUCAAACGUUAUUUUUGAAAAUCUGACUGUUAUAGGAAAUAUUAUAGUGAAAGAUUCAAUUAAUGCUAAAGUAUGGUCGGAUCUCGACGAUCUUUUAUUAAAAACUGAAACUAACGCUUUAGUUAUUGGAAAUAAAAAAUUCUGGAAUGACAUCAACAUAAAAUCUAACUCAACAAUUAAAUCCAAACGAAUUAAUAAUCAUAUUUUUUCGGAAUUCGUAACAUUAAACACCAAUCAACAAUUUCCUUAUUUAACAAAGAUAUCGGCAAACGCCACGUUUGGAAAUGUAACUCUUGGUACUUUAAUAAAGUUGAAGAGUCACAUAAGCUAUGAACAAAAUAUUACUUCUGGCUGCUUAAAUAAGAUGCUAUUGUUUAUUAAACCAUCUACUAUCGAUAAUUUAUCUUUCAAUACCGUAAAACAGACUAUUUCACAGACUAUUUUUUUGGACAAAUUAAAAAAAACUUUUCAAAAAGUUUAUUAUGAGAAUUUGACAAUCUCGACAUUGCUGACCGAUGAAAUCUUGCCCAACACAAUCAAUGAGGUCAAUUAUACUGAUCUGACCAAACGUGUAUUAACACUCUAUACGCAGCAAAAUCUGACAGGCGCUUUAAUAAUUGACAACUUGGAAACUCAAGUAUUAGACGCAGAGAUUAUCAACGGAAUACCGUUGAAUACAUGGAAUCGGUUAUUAAUGCGCGCGAAAUCGCUUUACGAUGACGUUUUUAAUGGAACUGCAACGAUAAGAUCUCUACGAGUGAUAGGGAAGAUAACGGCGUCUUCGAUUAAUAAUAAUGAUAUUAUUGACAUUUACAAGAAAGAUAACAUGGCGACUGUCAUUUUCAAUAAAAACGUAUCAAUCGCAAAUUUGAGAGUAAUUGACUUGAUAAACAAUCUGAAUCUGUCGGAGUUUAUCGCUGAUGCUGUUCAAAAAUCUGAUACGAAUAUUACAUUUAUAAAUAGUAAAACAUUCAAAAAUAUCACAUGUCAAGUUUUAGAAACGCAAUUUAUAAAUGGACAUUCUGUAAACGAUAUCUUGAAUUCAAAUGUAAAGCAGCUGCUCAAAGGACCAAUUGUUAUAAAUGAUGGCGCAGUUAUGGUUCUAACAAAUUUCAAUUCGACUGGCAAGAUUGGAAAUUCCGUGUUCUUAAACAAUUUCACAGAUAGAUUUAAGACAUUCGAAGAUAAUUUUUACGCUCUUUGCGGUAACUUUUACUUCAAUGAAACUGCCUUCGUAACAAAACUAAACAUAAAUGAAUCGAUUCAAGGAUCAAUGUUAGACAAUUUUUUCAAAACAAUAAUCUUUAAAAAUGAUACAAACGUUACAAUAUCUGGAUUGAAAUUAUUUAAAAAUUUAAUUACAUUUAAUGGUACAUUUAAUAUCGAUGGCAGCUUAAAUGAUAUAAAUUUAUACAGAUUUCGCAAAAAUGCUAUUUAUAUUGAUAAACCUUUCUCAAUUGAUACCAAAAUCAUAUUCAGAGAAGACAUUUAUCUAGAAAAAAAUCUCGUAAUAGAAACAAAAUUACAAUCAAAUACCAUUAUGGAAGUUGAUAUAACAGACUUGCAGGAAAACGUUAUCGUCCUUAAUAAGCCUAAAUAUUUUCCAGCGAGGAUGACACUCGACAAUGUAACUUUACAGACAAGCCUAAAAAUCGUGCAGAUCAAUGACUUGGAAAUAGAUCCAUUGAUUUUGUUAAAUGUACAACAGUUCUUCAAAGACAAUAAACUCAAUUGUACCAAUAUCAUUGCUAAGAACAUUCAAAUGUCAGGACGUGUCAAUACCAAUUACAUGAAAGAUAUCUACGCAGACACUUUUAUGAUACAAAAUAAUCAAAAUAUUACAGGAUCUAUAAGGAUACAAGGAAACGUUUAUGCAUAUCAUGACUUUAACGCUCGAUUAAUCAAUAAUUAUAAUCCUACGAAAAUUGUUUCCUUAACUGCAAAUAGCAUUCUAACAGGAAACUUUAUGUUCAAAACUCCAAUUAUUCUUAAUAAAAGUCUUAGGAUUUUGGGUUUUUUGAAUAGAAUAGAUUUAAUUAAUUGGCAAGGAGUCGCGAUAAAGGCAACGGAUGAAGCAAAACAGAUUGUAUCUGGAAAGUGGAAAGUGUAUGGAAAUGUUCACUUUGAAAAAAAUGUUGAUGGGAGUGAGUUUUUAAAUCGAGUUAAUGUCACCGAUAUAUCAUUCUCUUUAACAAGAGAACAUCCUGAAAUAAAUCGGAUCAUCAAAGAGGCAUAUGAGGAUUUAAAUAAAGUGUGUGCAUGGCACUUGGAUAUGCUCAAGUGUAAUGCUGCAAACCAGAUAUAUAAAUUCAAUAUAUUUGAUUACUUGCAAGUCCAGGAAUUCGAAGGAAUUAUUCAUGAUAUUCGUAAUGUCGAAGUAAAUGAUGUGGAUUACAUGCUGGUAAAUUAUAACAUUUGUCACGUAAAACUUCUAUCGUAUACUCGGACUGAAUUUCAAGUAAUCGAUCGAGUGUCCGAUUUUGGAUUAAUUGAUCAAUGGAUAUUUUUUGAAUCCAAUCAAAGCGUUUUAUACUUGCUUACCAUUGCAAAACGCACUUGCGGUAGAAGCCGUAACAAUGUAUGGAAAUUGGAAAAUAAUAGAUUGAUGCAUGUAUUAGAAGUUGAUAAUGUCACAGACAUAAAGAAUUUAUAUGAAUUUGUGGCAAUUAACCGAAAGAAUUUUGAAACUGUACCAAAAAAUGUGCAACUAGAUAUAUUGAAAGCCCUCAUUUCGUAUAAGAAUAAGAAAUUAAAUUUAGUUUCAAAUAACGAUUCUAUUGUGCCAGUUAACCAAUCCUUAAAAUAUGAAUUACAAGAAAAAUCUUUAAAUAGCACACGUUUGAAAAAUUAUCUUGAUUAUAGCAACAUAUUAACUUUUAAAGUAGGUAUUUAUGGAAGAGAAGAGUACAUCUACUAUGAUGAAGAAAUCAGCAGAGAUUACAUAUAUUUGUACGAAAAUGACAUUUCACACACAAGGAUCUUGCAGACUAUAAAAGCACAUCGUCCAAAAUCAAUUUUAGUCCUAAAUUUUGAUGGAUUUGUCGAAACAUUGCUCGUUAUCGUAGGAAAUAAUGAUAUUAUUCAAAUUUACGAAUAUACAGGUAUCGAAGGUUUCGUGCAUCGAAAUAUUAUACAAAUAAAAGUUGAUAAGUUGUACAACUUUAACGUAAGGAAAUAUGAUAACUUAGAAAGAAGACAUUGUUUGGCUGCAAUUCACAAUAAUCGAUUAACAAUUUUAGAAGCAAAGAUGCAUGGUGAUAAAUUAGAUGUGAGAACAUUAACUUCUUGUUACACGAAUAAGUGUUAAAUAAAUUAAAAAUAUAAGUGUAUAAUGUAAAUAUAAAAUUAUAUUAGAAUUUUGUUUGUAUUGUAAAUAUAAAAUACAAGUAUAUACAUAUGUAUAUUAAAAAUAUUUAUUGUUAAGAGUUACUAAAAUAUUGUUACGUAACAUGGAAAAUUAAAAAAGUUAAUAAAGUUAAAUUGAUUCAUU